GCCAGCUCCCGUUCCUCUCUCUCUCACACACACACUCAGUGCUUAUAGGGCACACCAUGAUGAGAUGCACAUAAACAAAAUAAUCAUUCGAUCGGUUGAACUCUUUCUCAGAAACUGGUGCUCUAUCUUCUUCCAAGGAAGAAAAGAUGGGGAGAGGAAAAAUUGAGAUCAAGAGAAUUGAAAACAAUACGCAUCGGCAAGUCACCUUCUGCAAGAGGAGAAACGGGCUGCUAAAGAAGGCUUACGAGCUUUCAGUUCUUUGUGACGCUGAAAUUACGCUAAUCGUCUUCUCUAGCCGUGGAAGACUCUAUGAGUACGCCAAUAACAACAUAAAAUCAACCAUAGAGAGAUACAAGAAGGCUACUUCAAGUACACCAGACACAUGGUCAACUCAAGAGGUCAAUGCUCAAUUCUAUAAGCAAGAGUCAAAGAAACUUCGCCAGCAGAUUCAAAUGCUUCAGAAUACUAACAGGCAUCUCAUGGGUGACGGAUUGGAGCACUUAAAUGUGAAGGAACUGAAGCAAUUGGAGGGCAGGCUUGAAAAGGGAAUCUCAAGGAUUAGGUCCAAAAGGCAUGACCUGAUACUAGCUGAAACUGAAAAUUUGGAGAAAAGGGAGAUCGAGCUCGAACAUCACAAUGCAUUCCUACGUUCAAAGGUGCAGGUUGCUGAGAGCAUGCAGCAGCUAAACAUGAAUACUGGGGAGGACUAUAAUGCAUGGCAAGCAUACAUGGCUAGGAACAUGCUUCACCUCAAUAUAAUGGAACCUAUGACUCUGGAGGCUAGUCCUUCAACCUUCUCCAUUUGUCCCAAGCCUUCUCUUCACCUUGGGUGAUGUCGCAAAGGGAGAUGACCACGACAAUGAUGCAGUGGUAGCUUAUUAUUGUGUUGCUUUUGGAAUAAAGAUCUUAUGGAUGCCCAUGUAUGUUUGGCGAAUGACGUAAUUAAACUUAACUAUGUUGUGUGUGUUUUUCAUUUGUGAUGUUAUCAAAUGUUUUAAUUUGAAUGAAGUUUGCAAACUUAUAUAUCA